CUCGUGAGCACGCGUCCCUUCGCCACGACUUCGGUGCGCGUCGUGAGUCUUCGGCUUGCGGUGUCGGCGAGUCACCCGGCCGCCGUUUAUUUUUCCGAGUCCCCCGCCCGGCGUCUUGCCGUCCGCGCCCAACAAGUGGUGUAGACGCUGCUCUCUGCUCGCGGCUCACACGGAGUCUUGCGCCCGUACUUUGCACAACUUUCUGAGCGCUCCGCGCGCACGCGACGCACUUCCCGCGAGUUUGUAAACCGAUCGCGUGUUUUGAAACUUUUACCAAAGUGUUUAGAGACUACAGUGCCGUGAUAGAGGACUUCAGUGGCGUGUUGAGAGUCGGUGCGGUGUUCGUAGACGGUAGACUGAAGUCGAUGCACCUCCCGCACGCGAGCCCUCCGGCCCCCAGCAUGGCGGACGUUUAUGCUCAUAUCCAUGAGUACUAUCGGCAGAGUCACGGCGAGCUGGUGCAGACUGGCUCCCCAGCCGUGCUGUGCUCUGUGCUGCCCGGCCACUGGAGGUCCAACAAGUCGCUGCCGGUGGCUUUCAAGGUGGUGGCUCUGGAUGAUGUGCAGGAUGGUACCCUGGUCACGAUUAAGGCUGGAAAUGAUGAAAAUUCUAUGGCAGAAUUGAGGAACUGUACGGCGGUAAUGAAGAAUCAGGUUGCGAAGUUUAACGACCUGAGGUUCGUGGGUCGCAGUGGACGAGGGAAGUCAUUCUCCUUGACUAUCACCAUCAGCACCUUCCCCAGCCAAGUGGCCACCUACAUGAAAGCUAUCAAAGUCACCGUUGACGGACCUAGAGAGCCAAGAACUAAACAAAAUUAUGGCUACGGUCACCCGGGUGCAUUCAGCCCGUUUCUAUUGAACCCCGGCUGGCUGGAUGCGGCGUACCUCAACUAUGCGUGGGCUGACUACUUCAGGCCGCCGCAAAUACGAGACCAAACCGCCUCGCUCGUAAAAGGUGGCCCAGGCGCAAUAACAACACCCCCCGUGACGUUACCAGGAGCAGAACUCUUCCCCUUCGCGCCAGCGAUGGCUAACUUGCCAACAGGAGGCCUAAUACCACCUCCUGGUGCUUUUCUACCACCAAAUGGUCUCCUUCCGUUCGGACCACAUCCAGCAGACCUAGCAAUGAAGUCCUUACCACCCGAAUUAUCACUAAAGAGUAGCAUCAGUCCUUACGAUGCGUUGAGACACUUACAAAGCAACGUCUCCUCAAUGGAUACAUCGAGUGCUAGACUUUCUCCAACAAGCAGUAGACAAAGUGGAAGCCCAAGAAGCAUUGCCAAUGCUAGUCCCGACAGAUCUAAAGCUGAUUCAAAAUCGGAAGUCAAUUCGAUGCACGACGCGACAAUCACUGACGAAUCUGAUGAAGAACCUAUUGAAGUAGUGAAGUCAGCUUUCCAUCCCACACGACCAGCGAAUGUUGAGCUGCAGGAGAUGAAGAGAGUGCAGGCAGCAGACUCUACGGUGGCGGACAGACCGCGCGUCCGUAACGAACUGAAAGCACCUUCGCAGCGCAGCACACGAGUUCAUUCAUCUAGUCCUACAUCCACUAAGAUUUCAAACGGCACGAUACCGACACAUAAAUCAGUGUGGCGUCCGUAUUGAUCCAGUAGUGCUAGUGUUAGUUUAAUAUCUGUCGUGAAGAUGGAUUUGUUGAAAUGUGAUAAACCAAUGAGCUUGUACAUAAAUAGGUAUUAAAAAUCCUUUGAUUUAUAUCAGAUAUUUAUUGUUAGAUUUAUUUAGAUUUCUAGAUGUUAGACUAGCCGAGUAUGAAGUAAAUGUUGAUAGAUUAUUUGUUAAUUUUAUUGCAGAUGUGUUCAAGCUUAUCUAUAUGAUUAUCUCGUAAAUACUUAUAAAUGUAAAUUCAUUUGUAAAUGUAUAAUUGAAAUUUUAAUAUUCUUCGAGAAAUGACUGAUUAUUUUAAUGUUUAGAAAGACAAAUGUAUAGUUGUAAAUAUUGUAAAAGGGUAUUUAUUAAACGAACGAAAUGUACAAUAAACUUCUGCCACUAGGCAAUGUAUAACCGAAGUGUAUAUAUGUAUCUAGAGAUAAAAUGAUAAAUGAAAA